AUGAAGGAUAAGGUAGAUGAUUUUGAUAAACAUGCUAUAAGACGGAAGAUACAAAAAUGUUGGUCUGACAGUGAGUUGCCAACGUUUGAAAAAAUAAUGAAUGUUGUUAACGAAGAUGAGGACUUACCAUAUUAUUCAAGUAUAUCACUCUAUAGAUUAUUAAAAUCUAUGGAUUUCGUGUACGUGAAACAUGGUCGUAGUAGCGCAUUAAUUGAGAAAAAUGAAAUGGUUGAUUGGCGGAGGCGAUAUUUAAGAGCGAUACGGCGAUAUCGAGAUGAGGGUCGGCCAAUAUAUUAUUUGGACGAAACUUGGGUCAAUGCUGGUGACGUUCCAUACAAAGUUUCGUGUGAUAAAUUAGUGCUGUACCAGGAUGCAUAA